ACCCUUGCCUGGGGCCCGCGCCCCCCCCUUCCCGGGGUCCGCCCCGGGGCCGCCCUCCGCGCACUUCCCGGUCCAUGGCCCUGCUGCGGCGGGCCGCGAGCACGAGCGCGUGGCCGAGUUGGCGGCGGGUGGCGCGCGCCUUCUCCGGCUUCCCGCUGCCUCAGCCCUCGCCCGCCGGCGCCCUCGCGGUGGCCCGCGCCUUCUCCCGCGCAAUGGCGAGCCGGCAGGAGCCGCAGCCGCAGGGCCCGCCGCCCGCCGCCCUGGCCUACGACUACCUGGUGAUCGGCGGCGGCUCGGGCGGGCUGGCCAGCGCGCGCCGGGCGGCCGAGCUGGGCGCCAGGGUCGCCGUGGUGGAGAGCCACAAGCUGGGCGGCACUUGCGUGAAUGUUGGAUGUGUACCCAAAAAGGUAAUGUGGAACACAGCUGUUCACUCUGAAUUCAUGCAUGAUCAUGCUGAUUAUGGCUUUCAAAGCUGUGAUAGUAAAUUCAAUUGGCGGGUUAUAAAGGAAAAGCGGGAUGCCUAUGUGAACCGCCUGAACACCAUCUAUCAAAAUAAUCUGACCAAGGCCCAUAUAGAAAUCAUCCCUGGCUAUGCAGCAUUCACCUGUGAUCCCCAGCCCACAGUAGAGGUCAGUGGGAAAAAAUACACGGCUCCUCACAUCCUGAUUGCAACAGGUGGCGUGCCCUCACAUCCACGGGAGAGCCAGAUCCCCGGUGCCGGCCUAGGAAUAACCAGCGAUGGAUUUUUUCAGUUGGAAGAAUUGCCUCGCCGCAGUGUUAUUGUUGGCGCAGGAUACAUCGCUGUGGAGAUAGCCGGAAUCCUUUCUGCCCUGGGUUCUAAGACAUCACUCAUGAUACGGCAUGACAAGGUACUUAGAAAUUUUGAUUCAAUAAUCAGUUCCAACUGCACUGAAGAGCUGGAGAAUGCUGGCAUAGAGGUCCUGAAGUUCUCACAGGUCAAGGAAGUUAAAAAAACUUCUUCGGGCUUGGAACUCUCCGUGGUUACUUCAGUUCCUGGUAGGAAACCCACCUUGACCACGAUUCCAGAUGUUGACUGCCUGCUCUGGGCCAUUGGGCGGGACCCAAAUUCCAAGGGCCUGAAUUUAAACAAACUGGGGAUUCAAACUGAUGACAAAGGUCACAUCAUCGUAGAUGAAUUCCAGAAUACUAACGUAAAAGGCAUCUAUGCAGUUGGAGAUGUAUGUGGAAAAGCUCUUCUUACUCCAGUUGCCAUAGCUGCUGGCCGAAAACUUGCCCAUAGACUUUUUGAAUGCAAAGAAGAUUCCAAAUUAGAUUAUGACAACAUCCCCACAGUGGUCUUCAGCCAUCCCCCUAUUGGCACAGUGGGACUCACAGAAGAUGAAGCCAUUUUUAAGUAUGGAAAAGAAAAUGUGAAGAUCUAUGCUACCACCUUUACCCCAAUGUAUCACGCAGUCACCAAAAGGAAAACAAAGUGUGUGAUGAAGAUGGUUUGUGCUAAUAAAGAGGAGAAGGUGGUUGGAAUCCAUAUGCAAGGAAUUGGGUGCGAUGAGAUGCUGCAGGGUUUUGCUGUUGCAGUAAAAAUGGGAGCCACAAAAGCCGACUUCGACAACACGGUUGCCAUUCACCCUACCUCUUCGGAAGAACUGGUCACACUUCGUUAAAAACUCAGAGACUUGUGUGGCUAGCAGUUGGACCAGUAGACCUUCUGAAAUGAACCAAAUAAUCAUAUU